AAGGAGUACAGACGCUCGGGCCCACGCUUCCACGGCGCUAACGAGGCGCUACCUGCAUCCAGAAGAACUAAUGUGGAGCUGCCGCUGCUCUUGCAGACGGCGCGUUUUCCCGCCGAGGUCUGGACCCCGCGGGGUGCUCAGCGCUCUUCCGGCUGCCCCCGCGGGGUGGUUCCGCCCGAGGCCACGCCCCCUCCGUCCUGCUCGUCCCCCCCAAAUCCAGCUCUGGUCUCCGGCGUCUCCAGGCUGCAUCUCUGCGCUCUGCUCGCACCCCGCGCUCCCCGACUCCACUCCCAUGGCGUCGCUCUUGUGCUGUGGACCCAAGCUGGCUGCCUGCGGCAUCGUCCUCAGCGCCUGGGGAGUGAUCAUGUUGAUAAUGCUCGGAAUAUUUUUCAAUGUCCAUUCCGCGGUGUUAAUUGAGGACGUUCCCUUCACGGAGAAAGAUUUUGAGAAUGGCCCCCAGAACAUAUACAACCUUUACGAGCAAGUCAGCUACAACUGCUUCAUCGCCGCGGGCCUUUACCUCCUCCUCGGAGGCUUCUCCUUCUGCCAAGUUCGGCUCAAUAAGCGCAAGGAAUACAUGGUGCGCUAGCGCCCAGCUCCGACUGCCUUUCCCUUCUUCCCCCGCCUCUAUUUAAAGACUCCUCCGUCGGUCACACCCUUCUGGCGGCCUCAGCGUUGCCGGGUGACCCUGCGGAGACCGGACCCCUGGUCCUCUGCUUUCCAGCCCCGAUGGAGGGGAC